UUUAUAUAGAAUUAAGUAGUAGAAUCAAUAUUUUGAAAAUAAGUAGAAUAUUAUUGUUUCGACAUUAGAUUGUAGAUCUAGAUCUAGAUCUAACUAGUAGAAAUAGAUUUAGCUAACCUAAUGAUUCGAAGUCGAUAAAUCUAGACAUAGACUCUAGAUCUAGAUCUUUAGACUAAGUAGAUUCUAGAUCUAGUCUAGGUCACUCUAGACUCGACUAGUCUAGGUCUAGAUCUAGAUAAGUUAACAACUCAGUGUCACUGUGACUGUCACUGAGUCCUGAGUUUACUUAAUUUUUUUCUUGAGUUGACCAAAAUGGAAAGUAUUACAUUUUAUGGAAUUACUUUGUCAGGACAAAUUUAUUUCAUAGCAUUUAUUUGCUUAGCUGUUUUAGUUUUCUACACAUAUACCAGUUUUAAAAAAAAAAAAGGGAAAAGUUUCAAUUCUGAUGCAAGUUCAUUAUCAAGCUCAUUGAUAUUGACAACACCACAUACAAUAUGUGAUUCAAUAAACUGCAUCAGAUGCUCCAGAAACCAUGAAAUACUUCAGCUAGCCCUUACUAGGCUAAGCUAUUUAUCUGAAAGUGAUAAGUAUACCAAAAAUGAUCUUAAGUAUUUGAGCAAAGAUAUUGAGAAAUCCUUGGCAUGUAUUAAAGAAAAAGAAAAAGGCUUGCCAAGCAAAAAACAUGACAGUAGUCAACACUCUACACCAGCUGUAUUUCAAAUGUUUGGAUUGAAAGACCAAGAACUUUGGUCAAUCAAAGACUUCCCUGCAUUACAAAUAUUGAAUCAACAUUUGUAUGAUAUCACUUGUGAAUUUCAACACUUGUAUGAUCAUUUUCUUACUGAUGAAACUGUUUGGAAGGUCAAUAGCACUAACAAAGGUAGAUGGGAAAUUGCUCAUCUUAUUAAUCAAGGCCAUACAACAAAAGUAGCAGAAAUGUGCCCAGUGACAUAUCAAAUACUCAAAAAAAUUCCAUAUUUUCUGGAUAAUAAUUUAUUUGGAGAUGCAUCUUACUCUGUUGUUCAUUCAGGAACGGACAUAUCUACCCACUGUGGUUCAACUAAUAUAAGGCUCAGAUGUCAUUUUGGAUUAAUAGUUCCACCAAAUGAAUGCUAUUUGAAGGUUGGAGAAAAAAUUUGUCACUGGAAAGAAAAUCAAGUAUUAUGUUUCAAUGAUGCUUAUGCUCAUUCAGUUCAUCACAACGGACAAAAAGCCAGUGGUAUGCGAGUUGUCUUUAUGUUUGAUAUAUGGCAUCCUGAUGUAACAGAAUCUCAAAAACAAAUUCUUAAUUAUGCUUUCAGUAGUUAGGUAACCUUAUUAUAAAUGUUUAAAAUUAAUGACUAAUUAACGUUUCUAGUUUAAUGCAAAAGGAUUCGUUAAGUUUGAUUAUUCAAUUUGAUUCUUAAAAACAAAUAACACAAGCAAGAUGCCAGAUUUUAGUGGAACCAACCAUUAUUCAAUGACUACUAAAUAUUUUCAAUAAGACUUAAAUUGUAACAUUUAUUAGAAGAUAAUAUUUCAAAGUUAUUGUAAGUGUAUUUGGACACUUUGGACAUUGUUGACUUAUUAGAACUUAUCUUUUUAUUUUUUAAAUUAUGAUAUUAAUGAAUCUAGUGAUAAAAGAAUCAGUGUUCAAAAAAACAUUUUUUUUAAUAAACAUUUUGAUCAGUAGA